AUGAUCAUUGUAAAGGUAGAAUAUGAUAAUUCUUUGAUUAUCGUAGCUGGAAAUACCAUUAAUAAUGUCAAUGUCUGUGCCGUGGUUGCUGCCGUAAAUGUCACUGUCUAUGCCGUGGUUGCUGCCGUAGAAGUCAAUGCCGUGGUUGCUGCCGUCAAUGUCGCCCUUGUUAUCGUUAAUGCCGUGGUUGCUGCCGUCAAUGUCGCCCUUGUUAUCGUUAAUGCCGUGGUUGCUGCCGUAGAAGUCACUGUCAAUGCCGUGGUUGCUGCCGUCAAUGUCGCCCUUGUUAUCGUUAAUGCCGUGGUUGCUGCCGUCAAUGUCGCUCUUGUUAUCGUUAAUGCCGCGGUUGCUGCCGUAGAAGUCACUGUCAAUGUCGCCCUUGUUAUCGUUAAUGCCGUGGUUGCUGCCGUCAAUGUCGCCCUUGUUAUCGUUAAUGCCGUAGAAGUCAAUGCCGUGGUUGCUGCCGUAGAAGAAGUCAAUGCCGUGGUUGCUGCCGUAGAAGAAGUCAAUGCCGUGGUUGCUGCCGUAGAAGUCAAUGCCGUGGUUGCUGCCGUCAAUGUCGCUCUUGUUGUCGUUAAUGCCGUGGUUGCUGCCAUCAAUGUCGCUCUUGUUAUCUUUAAUGCCGUAAAUGUCAUUGUCAAUGCCAUGGUCGCUGCCGUUUCUGCCGUUGCUGCCAUCAAUGUCGCUCUUGCUGUCGUCACUGCCGUUACUGUCGUUGCUACCGUCAAUUUCGAAGUUGCUGCGGUUGCAGUCAAUGUCAUUGUAUAA